UUAGCAUAAUUGCUAAUGCAUCCACAUCAGCAAGCAGAAGUUACAGAUUCAAGUCUCACUCAGAAAGUUGCUAAUGUGUGUCAGAAACCAGUCAUUAAUGCAGGCGAUGGAACAGGAGAGCAUCCAACUCAAGCACUUUUGGAUGUUUUUACAAUACGAGAAGAGAUUGGAACUGUUAACGGGCUGAUUAUAACGUUGGUUGGAGAUCUAAAACACGGAAGAACAGUCCAUUCUCUGGCUCGUCUCUUAACCCAUUACAAGGUGCAGCUGAGAUAUGUUUCGCCUGAUAAUUUAAAAAUGCCAGAAAAUGUAGUAAAUUAUGUUUCUUCAAAAGGAAUUUCUCAAGAAGAAUUUUUCUCGUUGGAAGCUGCAAUCCCAGAAACAGAUGUAUUAUACAUGACUAGAAUCCAGAAAGAGAGAUUUACAUCAUUAGACGAGUUUAAUAAGGUAAUUAGCAUAAUCUGAAUGAAUUGAUUGUACAAAUUUAAGCUGAACAUAUAGUAAUAAGUCUGUUCUUUUACUAUAACACUCUUGAACUGAAUGAAAAACAAGCAAAUUUGUAAAACUUUGUGCUGAGUGCCUUGAAAUUUACCUCAUAAAUAAGGUCUGGAUUUUUGGGAGC